ACCCAGCGCACUCUACCGUAUCUGACUACGACCAUACAAUGUCUUGCAAUUUGCAGAAAUGCUGCUAUAAGAUCUUAAAUGAGUACUUUGGAGAUAUUGUUGCAAGGGUUGGAGAUGCACUCUUUCAGAAGGGGUUAAAUCCCCUCAGGGUGAUAUGUGCACACACGAAAUUACCGCAUUCUAAGGUUUCAGAGGCCUUAGCAGUGUUGGUGCAGCAUAAUUUAGUAACUUGGGAAGAAUGGCGACCUCAGAUUCCUGGCUAUACUCUUCUCCAUGACAGAAUUCUACUUAUUUUGCGUUUCCCGAGGUAUGUUUACCUCGUCCAAAAGCAGUUUUGAGAGGAAGGAAUGGUUGUUGAUGUCCUGCUGAAAGAGGGCCAACCCCACGCCAGCAUCAUUAUUACAUCAUGUAUCAAGCUGUACGAAGCUGCUACGGAUGAAAGUGCAGUUGCCAAAGGGAGCUUGGAGCAGAAACACAUCGUCGUAAGAAACCACCUGCUAAAACUGAUUGAAAAUGAGUUCAUACAACGUUGUCCAUCUCCACAAGACUCCAGUGUUCCUGUCCCUGUUCUUUCCAUCAAGGAAGAUCAACUUUAUAGCUUACCAUCCGAACUCCUAGAUCUGAAAGCCUUACAGCAAGAAAUACAGUUACGUCGUGCGGGAAACACAAAGCCAGCUGUUACUCAUCCUGAUGCCCAGAUCUAUUGGAGGGUGAACUAUGACAGAUUUCACAUUGAGUUCAGAGACAGUGAAAUCAGGAACUGUGUUGUCCGCCGUGUUGACCCCUUAGCAGGAGAGUGCCUGGGGGCCAUGCUGAAGGUGUCCUACACACGCUCUGACCCCUGGGCCUCGUCGCUGAACGUCGUGACAGCCUCUGAGAUAAGAGAUCAACUCAAAGACCUCAAAUACUUAGAUCAGUAUUUGAAGAUUUUAGAGGAUGAUAGUGGUGGCUGUGUUCAGAAAGUUGGUGAUGCAGGCGGAGGCCAGUACAGGCUGAACAUGGCAAAUGCUUAUGAGACAAUGACACAUACCCUCAUCGACAACAUUGUGCAAGAGAGAUUUGGCUCCAAAGCAGCACGUAUAUUUAGGUAAAUUAAAAAACACCGCAUGAUGGACAGGACCAGAUUUGGGGGAAAUCACAUGAUUGGCAAGAAAGAGGACUUGCUGUCAUACCGGCUGUUGCAUGACAAUUUCUUGCGCAUUCACGAACAGCGCAAAACACUGGCACCAUCCCCUGCGAACAAGAUCAUCUUCCUGUUCCAUGUUGAUAUGAAUUCGGUGGUGCGCAUGAUUCUGGAAUGGUGCUAUAAGGGGCUCUACAACCUCAUGGUACAGAGGGAGAUGCGAGCCAAUUACAACCGCAGGCUGUUGGAGAAGCGCACCAGAGUGGACACCAUUGUGGAGAACCUGAAGCAGUCAGGAGGCUCAGAGGAGCA